AUGCUAGACCUCACAUCCCCAACAUCCCCCCUCCCAGAAAGAAGAUGGAACCAACUCCCAAACCCAUCCCAACCUAACCAACAAACACCACAAACACAGCUCUCAAGACCAAGACAACGCCAAAUUCCAAGCACGCGACCAUCUUCAACCUCAACUCCCGCUUCAAAUGCAAAAACCACACCCCCGCCAUUCCGCAACGUCUCAGCCUGCAACCGCUGCCGCCUCCGCAAACACCGCUGCGACCAGCGCCUUCCACGCUGUGAAUCCUGUGAAAAAGCAGGCGCACGCUGUGUCGGCUACGACCCCCUCACCAAGCGCGAGCUGCCACGCAGCUAUGUCUCCUUCCUUGAAAGUCGCGUCACAUAUCUCAAGCAGGUCUUGAUAGAUCACAAUAUCGAUUUCAAGCCCGCGACUGCGUACGACGAGGAAGAGACGCUGCGAUUGGAGGCGGGUGCUAAGUGUGGAGAUUCGCCCGAGGGUGCGGGCUUCAAGGAUGGGAUUGUGGCGCGGAGUUCUAUGGCUGAACAGCGGGAUGGUUCGAGGCGGAAGAGGAAGAUUGGUUCUGUUGAGAGGGAAGAAGAGGUUCUUCCUCCGAGGCAGAUGAAGAGGCUUUGUCAAUUGAGUUUGUUGCUGAAGGAGUUUUUUAAUGAUGGAUGUACGCGGAGGCAUUAUGGGGAGCAUAUGCAUGAACACGAGCACCAAGAAAACGCCGAAACAAACAACCAUCCUGAUCGAGUUCAGCAUGAACUGCAGCAGUCACAGCCUUGGUCACCACAGAGCUAUGAAUCCAUGGAACACAGCGACAACCAUACAAUGUCCGGCUCGGAAUCACCUGAAUAUCCCACAAGACAAUAUCACGAUCUGAACACCGGAAACGAGAUCUCUGCAUUUGAUGGAAUGUUCGGUUCAACUCGUGGCCCAAAGGUUUACGGGAUAGACAUGCAACCGAGGAUCAAUCUUGGGUCUGAUUUGGUGGAUCUCGAAUUUGAUAUGCCGGAGACUAAGGCAUCUUUUGCGGGGAGGAAUAGGAUUCGCAAUACGAAUACUGCUAGGCGUGAAUCCUUGUCAGAUGAAGAGCAGGCUGAAGCGGAUGCCAAGUUUGAUAUUGGGGCUGAGCUUUUGAGGCAGAGGACUGAGAAGGCGAAUAAUGAUUUGUUGGAUGAGUUUCUUGUUGGGUGGCGCGAUAGUGAUUGA